UCAUAGCGACACGUAUAUAAAUUGAGCACCGCCCGGUAGCCACUUUUCAAACGAUCCCAAGAUGUGUAGCAUUGUGUUCGACGCGGACGUGGUUGCUCCACCCAGCCACCUGGACGUGCCCUUCUUCGAGGAGGUGCUGGAGACAGCCCUGCGAACAGCCAGGGUGCAGUUGCUCUCCAUUCACAUCCGUAUGGGCAGCAGCACGGGCGAGAACUACUGCAGUCAAAUCUACCGAGUGAAAGUUUCGUUCAAGCGCCCUGAUCAUCCGGAGCAGCACAUGGCCUUCAUUGUCAAGAGCAUUCCCCACCUGGACUCGGUGGAGUUCAUUGAUGACCUGCAAGUUUACCUCAAGGAGAAGAUCACCUACUACGAAGUGCUUCCGCGGCUGGAGCUCUUGAUGCAGUGCAACCGAAGAUUCGGACCCAAACUUUACCACUGCCUAAAACAGCCGGAGAACUCCCUUGUGUUCGAAGAUCUGGCGGAGAAGGGCUUUGUGAUGGCUUCGCGGGAGUUGGGCCUAAACGAGGAGCAUUGUCAGCUGGUCAUGGAGCGCUUGGCGGAGUUUCAUGCCACUUCGAUGGCCUUGGCGGUAGUGGAUCCGCACAUCUUCGAUGCAUAUGGCGACGGAAUGCUAUCGCCGAGGGGCUUGGCCAAGGACGAUGGACUACUGAUGCAGUUCUUCUCGGGCAACGGCAAGGAGUUGCACCACCUGGUGAGCACGUGGCCUGGCUUCGAGAAAAUCGCCGAGAAGAUCAGCAAGUACAUGCAAAAUCAGCGGGCCAACUUGGAACGCAGCCAGGCACCGCUGGAAAAAGAGGUGAAGGUACUCAAUCACGGUGACCUAUGGGUGAACAACAUGCUGUUCAAGUACGACGGAGCACAGCGUCCGCAGGACCUCAUCCUCAUCGACUUCCAGUUAAGCGUGUGGGGCAGUCCGGGCAUUGACCUCAACUAUUUCUUCUACACCAGCCUGACGUUGGAGGUACUGCGUCAUCGGCGAACCCAGCUGCUGCGCACCUACCACGCGCGGCUGGCCAAAACGCUGCUCGACCUGGACAUGGGCAUCCCGGUGCCUAGCUACGAGCAAAUCCUGGAGGAGGUUCACCGCCGCGAGUCCUACGGAUUCUUUGCCAGCUACGGCAUUUUCCCCACUGUUAGCCAGGACAAGGCCCAGACGGCCGACAACAACCUGGAGAACUUCAAGGACGCCGAUUUUGCCAAGCAGAAGGUGCGCCAGAUGUUCCAGUCUCGCCGACUGGCGGAUACGCUGCGCUACACGCUACCGCACUUUGAACGCGCUGGAGUCUUGGAUUGAAGUACAAUUGCACUACUAUUAUAUAUGUACCUUUUGAAUAUAUCUAUCCAUAUUAGGAUUUUUACAAAUAUGUAUUUCUAAAUAUAAAAUAUUCAGGUUUAAAGUUU